GCCGCCCCGCCAGCGCAUGCGCAGAGCGCGGGGGGCAAGAUGGCGCUGCUGCGGCAGGCGUACAGCGUGCUGUUCCGCCGCACCUCCACCUUCGCCCUCACUAUCGUCCUGGGCGCCGUCUUCUUCGAGCGCGCCUUCGACCAGGGCGCCGACGCCAUCUUCGAGCACCUCAACGAGGGGAAACUGUGGAAACACAUCAAGCACAAGUAUGAGUUAAGUGAAGACUGAAACGCUCAGCAGCAGGAUCCAGGCUGGGGUGGCAAAAGACACUGCAGAGAAGGAUUUGGUCUCCUGAAACUGGUUGUCUUGAAAUAGAAAUGGAUUCCUGACUGAACAGCUCCGAGCCAGAUUAUGUCAGCCACCUACUGAUAUGAUGUAAACCAAGAUGGACUCAAGGAGUUCUGCUGCUGUACUCAAACUUACUGUGUUAAAAUAAAAAAUUAUUGGUCCAUG